UGGAGUAGGGGAAGUAUAGUAUCACUGUAUUGCCAUUGUACUGUAGCGAACAGCUGUCGAAAAAGUGAUAAAGACAUUCGCUCAGUUGGGUUUCAAAAGUCAUUUUAAGAUCCUCAUAGCGAAUGAGGACAAUUUAGUACUAUAUUUGAGAAAAGAUCGCUAACUUAAGAAUAUUUAUUAACGAUUUUGAUAUUUUGAUUUUUAAAUUGUCAAACGUUAGUUUUGGAGUAUUUUUCUGUGAGUUUCUAAUAACCCUCAAGGUAAAAUUUAUAAGUAAAUUAGUGAAAAACACUGUUUGCAGCUCAAAAUCUUUGCUAUAAAAAGAUGCUAGUGGUAUCAAAACUAUCUGAUAAGCAUUUAGCAUAUAUUUCUUAAACUUGUCGACUCAUCAUUAAUUCAAUGCAGUGUUGUAUUACCGCUAAGGCCAAGUGGACUAACCAUGUACAGUUUUGAAGGAGACUAUAGGCGUAAGCCACAACAAAACUUAGCUGGUGCUAGUCGAAGAGAUGAAAAAUCUGCUCUACUACAACAUGCUCACUUAGAACGUGUGAAAAGAGAACAACAGCGUAUCAAACACAAUGCUACGGUUAAGAUACAAGCCCAUGUACGUAGUUUUAUCAUUAGACAAGCUGUUAAAAGACAAGAGAGGUGUGAAUUUGAUAAAUUACAACAAUUUGUCAAUGGAAAGCAAUUGAGUUUGAAUCAGUUUCUUCCAUUUAUCAAAAAAAUACUAUUUUUUUACAAUCAAAAAUGUGAUGGCAACAGAUUAAUCUGGCUACUUCAAUAUAUUUUAAAACUUCAAAAGGAAAUAAAUUUACAGUCUAUUUCAUCUACAGACUGGUUAUGGAGAAUCAAGUGGAUAUUAAAAAUAUGCAUGAAAUAUAGCCUUGAAACCAUAUUAAGUGAUUCAACACAAUCAAUAGCCAUACCAUUUAGAAUACUAGAAGUUUUCACAACUCCAGAAGAUGCUGAGAGAGUCAUUGGAAGUAAUUCCAAUGAACAUCUAAAGGAAAUAUUUGCAUACUUAGUUAAAAACAAAUAUUUUGAGCAAGUCAGAUGUUUGAUAGAUGCUAAAGUUCCACAUAAUUUGGAGCCAUCAUCAAUUCCACCAACACCAAUGGCAAAAUGGUUUUUGGAAAUGAUCCAGAGACCUUUAUGCAUUGUCAAUCGCAUAGACAAUGCCAAUGACUUUUGUUACAUGAUUUUACAUGAGUAUUGCAAAAGUAUUCUAUCUCAGAAACUUACAGAUCCAAUUUCAGCUUUUAUCAUUCCUGCUCUCUUGAAGUUUAAAGAAUUCCCUUAUGACAAAUUGAUCAACUGCAUUAAUCGUUACAAUGCUCAGCCGACAAUUAACCUAUUGUUUUGCGUACUUCAGUUGGAGCCUGCUGGAUAUUCACCAGGCAAAUCAAAGAGCAGCUUAGUAAAUUACCUGCAAGUGUUGGCCUCAUUGGGCUACACACUAAAUCCACCGCUGUUUCAACAUUCGAUAAGCAAUGACAAGGAUGAUAGCGACAGCGACGAGGAUACCGAGAUGUUGGACAGUAGCGAGUCGGAAACGAUUCGGCGUUGUAUCGAGAUGCUGAAUGAAGAGUGUCGGGUGCAGGGUCUUCUAUUGGCAGUCGAUCAAAGCGACGAUCAAGUGGUGAUGCAGCCACUUUGUCAGCUUUGCCACAACUUACUCAUCACCAAUAAGAACGCCAUCCACAAGUAUAAGCUGCUCUACAUGCUCGCCUUCAAACCUGCCUUUCUACGUCAGCUCUGGAGCAAUUUGCUGACUGUCAGUCAGACCUCGUUGUUUGGCGGUUCCACACCGUACCUCCAUAUCAUAUCAAGUGGCAUAGCCUUGUCGGCCGAUGACACCUCGAAAAUCGUCCCGCUACUGGCUGUGUUCUGCUCGUUAUUCAGUCUUCUGAUUGCUACACUCCAUGAUACUGAAUUUUUUGUCGAACCUUCGGGCAUGGACAUGGGCAUGACGAAUAACACUGACAAAGCUCAGCAAACAAUGCCUUUCACGACCUAUGAUUUAGUAGUGCUCAGCUCUCAUCUCAAAGGUGUUUGCUUGGGUCUUGUCGAGCUUGCUUUCCCUGAUACACGACUUUCUGUUAGAGAUGACUAUAAGAAUGCUGUACAUGGUCAGUCUGAUUCCGUAUCGUCAACUCCGCAAAAUACACAGAUGUGGACGCAUUUGUUUAAGGUAACUGUGGGCCUCCUUCGCCAGCUGCACACUCGUGACUUGAGGCGUCAGUACUGUCCGGAUGGCCACUGGAUUUGCUCGAACAUUGUAAUACCAAUCAACAAACCUCAAGAUUUCAGUUUCCGACGUGGCCGUCUACGUAAUUACGUACCUUUUCAAGGCUUUCGUGUAUUUACACGGGAGGAAAUUGAAGAUGGUCCACCAAUGUCAACAAAGGAAGUGCGCACAUUGACAUUUCUUCGCGAGAUCCCCUUUGUCGUGCCAUUCAACGAACGAGUGGUUAUUUUCCAAUCUCUGAUUAAUCGCGACAAAUGCGAUCAACAAGGAGAGUUGACGCACUUUAUGCAGGGCCCGUCGAUUCACAUCUCCGUUCGUAGAAAUUACUUGUACGAAGAUGCUUUUGAUAAACUCUCACCCGAGAAUGAACCCGAGAUGCGACUUAAGAUGCGCGUGCAACUCGUCAACAGCGUUGGUCUUGAAGAGGCUGGUGUGGACGGUGGCGGGUUAUUCAGAGAAUUUUUAUCGGAGUUGUUGAAAACUAGUUUUGAUCCAAACAGAGGCUUUUUCAGACUCACCAAGGAUAAUAUGCUCUAUCCAAAUCCUACUGUCCAUUUGCUCGUAGAUAACUUUCCAAAGCACUAUUAUUUUAUAGGUCGUAUAUUAGGUAAAGCGUUAUACGAAAAUUUACUUGUCGAGCUUCCAUUUGCCGAAUUCUUUCUGUCAAAAAUUGUUGGCAUGCAAUCCGACGUCGAUGUUCAUCAUCUUGCCUCGCUCGAUCCUGUCAUGUACAAAAAUCUUUUAUACCUUAAGAGUUACAAAGGAGAUGUAACGGAUCUCGGUUUAGAUUUUACAAUUCUAUCUGAUGAAUUAGGUGAGAGACGAGUCGAUGAAUUGAAACCUGGUGGGUCCAAUGUACCAGUUACGAAUCACAAUCGAAUAGAGUACAUUCACUUAAUGGCUGAUUACAAACUUAAUAAGCAAAUUCGUGCACAAUGUCACGCUUUCAAGCAAGGAUUGGGGAACGUUGUGCCAUUAGAUUGGCUACAAAUGUUCAACAACAAAGAGCUGCAGGUUUUGAUAUCUGGCGCUCAAAUACCCGUUGAUGUCAAUGAUUUGAAACAACACACCAAUUAUACCGGUGGCUAUGCUGCUAACCAUCCAACAAUUGUAUCAUUUUGGAAAAUUGUUGAUCAGUUUACGGACCAGCAAAAGAGCCAGCUAUUGAAAUUUGUAACUAGUUGUAGUAGACCUCCUCUCCUCGGAUUCAAGGAAUUGGAUCCACCAUUUUGUAUUCAACAUGCUGGAACUGUUGAUAGAUUACCAACAUCAAGUACAUGUAUGAAUUUGUUAAAACUUCCGGAAUUUCCAGACGAGAAAACAUUACAAGAGAAAUUGUUGUAUGCAAUUCAAGCUGGUGCUGGAUUUGAGCUCAGUUAAACAAAUUUUCAGAGAUUUAAUUAUUUCACUUUUGAAGUAUUUGAUUCGAAGAAUAUUUUUUUCGUUCGAAAUAUUUCAACUUGACGGCGUUUACGUAUUGGAAUAUUCUUGAUAGGAAUGAAUGUUGGGUAAAUAUUUAUCAGCUGCAGUCUAUAAGAAAUAUACAUCGAAUUAAAAACUUUGAAAUCCUCCUUUGAUUCCUAAUAAGAAAAAGUUAUCGUAAUUGUAAAUAAGUACUUGUAAGAUAUUAAUGUGCAAAUAUUGUAGUAUCACGUAAGAGUACGUGUACUUAUAUACCAAGAUAAUAGUUAUUUUCGUGAUUUAGCUAUUGAUUUCAAAUAUUUACAAUGUGAAAACAAUGUUGAGGAAUAGAACAAGUAUCCAGAGAAACAUUGACUGAUUAAUUUUGUAAAUGUAUAUAUCAAUGAAAAUGAACUCAAAACUUUUUUCAAUUUUGAAGAAUAUUUCUGAAUAAACUGCGUAUGAUUAUGUAUUUCCAUUCUGAUUUUGUUAUGUAUCCUUGUAUAUUUUAUUAUUUUAAUUUUAUUCUUAUAUACUCACAUUACUAUUUAGGAAUUGUAUUGCAUGAGAAUCUUAAUAAUUAUUUAUUUAGUUCUAGUCUCACUAAAAUCUGAUGAAAAUAAAUUUUCCUUUAAAUAAUAUUAUGUUUUCUUGAAAAAUAAAUCAGACGUUUUACGGGUGAAACCUCGCGAGUCACUGGAAUCCGUCUUUGGUUUCACUCGGGCUCACCAGGUUCAUACGGCUUUGAGAAUAUUCGACAGCUUUAUCGGGCCGUGCAUGCAAGUGCAUCUGCAUUUCCAUGAGAACAAUAAAGUAGGGACGAUUAGUCGAAAUGCGCACCGAGAUGAAUUCGUUGUAGCGGGAAAGGCAUU